AUGGACGGCAACCGCCGGUACGCCCGCCAGCGCCAGGUGGAGAAGCUGAUCGGCCACAGUCGCGGCUUCGACAAGCUGGCGGAGACGCUCGGUUGGUGCCGCGACCUGGGCGUCCGCCAGGCGACGAUCUACGCCUUCAGCAUUGAGAACUUCAAACGCCCGCCCGAUGAGGUGGCCGGCCUGAUGGACCUCUUUCGUCGGCAGUUUGAGAAGCUGAUCGAGGAAUUUCCCAAGUUUGACGCCUUUCAGAUUUGCGUUCGCGUCUACGGCCGCGUGGACAUGCUGCCGGCGGACGUGCAGGCCUCGGUGGCGAAGGUAGUGGCCCGUACGGCGAAGAACGACCGCUUCUACCUGAACGUCGCCCUCGCCUACACCUCCCGCGCGGAGAUCUGCAGCGCCAUCG